AUGCCCAACGCCCAAGCUCAACGCCCAAUGCCCAACCUCAUGACCGAAAUGUAUAUACCUAGAAUAAAUAGAAGCAAGAAACAAGCGGGACCAGCCAUUCCUGAGAUAGACUGGACCACAGAUCUUACCUGGAAGCUCCUUGCUGAGGCCGAGAAAUCAGAGAACAGGAAGACGCUUCUUGGGAAAAAGAAGGACGAGAAUACAUUGAAAGACACCAAAAUUGCGGUCUUCAAACGUAUUGGAUCUGUCAUUCUCAUAGACUCAUAUGCCCUCAAUCCUGACGCAGUUGGUGACCAUGUUAAAAAACAGUUUGACUAUCUUGUCAAUUGUUACAAGCGCCAUGCAUGUCGGCUCAGACCAACUGGCGAGGGUGUCCAAGAUGACCCUGGUUAUGAACCUGAUGAGGAGCACUUCGAUCACUACAUCCCCAUGUCUGGCCCUGAUGAUGAAACUUCAAGAGCUGAAUAAUGACAAAGCUGUUGAGGUGGAAACACCUGCAAAGAGGGCCCGAUAUUCUGCUGAUUGGGAUGAGAUCCGAGUAAGAUACCCUACAUUCUUUUAACCAUUUAUCAUUUGUUUGUCGAGUAUUGCCUAUUUUCAUUUAUCUACAUUUAUCUCUGAUACUACUGCUUAAUGUCACAGAGAUAACGAAA